GCUUGAAGUGUACGAGCAACAAGCCACUCCUAAAUUAAUCGCAGUUACUAACACAAAAAUUAUCUCCUUUUGGGGAGAUUAAAUAGUAUGUUCGACAUAGUUUGAACUGGAUUAAUAGCUCUAUAUUUAGCCGUUCACACGUCGAUUUAGCUUACUUUUGUCCUCAUCGCGUGUGGAUUUUAAAGUGGACUUCUGGUGAAUGCGGAUAAAAGAUCAGUUUAGAAUACACGCAACUUGAUCAACUGUCAAAAAAUGUAAUUGAAAAGUUGAAAGGUUCAGCUCUAAAUGCGUGUCAAACUGAAACUUUACACGGAUUUAGGACCCGUAUGACUAAAAUCCACUCUGAUGGAAACAAGUUACAAAGUGAAUAAUUUCUGUUGUCCUUCGUCCAACACAUCCCGGCUAAAACAAUGCCAUUCCCUUUUGGGAAGUCUCAGAAGAGCCCUGCAGAGAUUGUGAAGAGUCUGAAGGAGAAUGUGGCAUACUUGGAGAAGCUGGAAUCAUCUGAAAGCAAGAAAUGUGAAAAGGUUGCAGAGGAAGUAUCAAAAAAUCUUGCGUCGUUGAAAGAGGUGCUGUGUGGCACUGGAGACAAGGAGCCUCAGACUGAGGCAGUGGCUCAACUGGCUCAGGAGCUCUACAACACCAACCUCCUCAUUUCCCUCAUAGCAAACCUACAGAGGAUUGAUUUCGAGGGAAAGAAGGAUGUGGUGCAUCUGUUUAGCAACAUAGUGCGUCGCCAGAUUGGCGCUCGCACCCCAACUGUGGAGUACAUCUCUUCCCACUCACAGAUCCUCUUUAUGCUGCUGAAGGGCUAUGAAACCCCAGAAGUGGCCCUUAACUGUGGCUUGAUGUUGAGGGAAUGUCUGCGUCAUGAACCUCUGGCCCGAAUCGUUCUGUUCUCUGAGGAGUUCUACUGCUUCUUUCGCUAUGUGGAGCUAUCUACUUUUGACAUUGCCUCUGAUGCUUUCGCCUCUUUUAAGGAUCUGCUGACAAGACACAAGAUCAUGUGUGCAGAUUUCUUGGAGUCAAAUUACGACAGAGUGUUCACAGAGUAUGAAAGGCUGCUGCAUUCGGACAAUUAUGUCACCAAGCGCCAGUCUCUGAAGCUCUUAGGAGAACUAUUACUGGACAGACACAACUUCACAGUCAUGACCAAAUACAUCAGUCGAGCUGAGAACCUAAAGCUGAUGAUGAACAUGUUGAGAGACAACAGCCGUAACAUCCAAUUUGAAGCCUUCCAUGUCUUUAAGGUGUUUGUGGCUAACCCCAAUAAGACACAGCCGGUGCUGGACAUCCUCCUCAAGAAUCAGUCCAAGCUGGUGGAAUUCCUGAACCACUUUCAAAUGGACCGUUCUGAAGACGAGCAGUUCUGCGAUGAGAAGAACUAUCUCAUUAAGCAGAUACGGGACUUCAAACGGCCUGCACCUGCAGAGGAGUCCUAAUGGGAAAACGUGGAGUGUAGAACCAGGGAGCUUGGCUAGUGAAGUGGUUUGAUUAUGUGGGUGAGAAUUGGAUGGGAGGGAAAAAAAGUCUAAGAAAGAAAGGCUGGCAUCACUCGGAAUAAAUCUAUUUACAUCCAA